CGUUGUUGUGGCGUAGUUUUCCUAUUAAUUAUAUGAUAAUAAUAUAAAAUUAAUCAGCUCUACCACGUCAAAGAUAAUAAAUAUAUAAGAUUGAUUCCUCGCCCUCUUUUCUACUCAUCUUUCUCUAUCAGAGGCAGACCGCAAAUUUUGCAAAGAAUCACAGAAAUUUGUCUGUUUGUUUGUUUGUUUCAAUGGCAGUGACGCUUUGGUUGAAAGAAAAGAUCGUGGAUCCUCUCCUCCAAAUCCUCCGCAAGGGAGCAGAACCCAAGCAAUUGGCCUUCUCCGCUGCUUUGGGAUUUACUUUGGGAAUAUUCCCAAUAUGUGGGGUUACAGUGUUGCUGUGUGGAAUGGCAAUAGCGUUGUUGGGAUCCCUCUCCCAUUCUCCAACUGUCAUGCUUGCUAACUUCAUUGCUACUCCUAUUGAGUUGAGUCUGGUGGUGCCCUUCCUGCGCUUUGGUGAGGCGCUGUCUGGUGGAACUCAUUUUCCAUUAACUUCAGAUGCUUUGAAGAAAGUUUUGACGGGCCAAGCUUCGCGAGAUCUCCUCCUUAGCAUUGCCCAUGCUGUAAGUAUCCAAUUUCAUAUGUCUAUAUUUGCUUGCAUUUUUAACAACCAAGUUGGGCUCAUAAUUCUAUGGAUGAAUAUUCGCUUAUGAAAAUUGGAGAAAACAUUUAUUUAUUUGAUUUUCUUGUGACUAUAAAUCUUUGAUCUCCUUGACAGAAUGUCCAAAACCUUAUCUUUGAGGCAUGUAUCAUAACACCAUCUGGAGGUAGAG